AUGCCGCAUCCGCAGCAGUAUCCGAUGCAAGGCAGCCAGUUCGCAAACUUCCCGCCAGAGAUGAUGCAGAUGGCUAUGUACAUGGCGGCACAAAUGAUGUCUACUGGUCAACAGUUUCCAAUGGGACAACAGCCCGGUAUCCCUCCUCCGGGUGGUCCACAGUCAUUGCCAGGCAUGUGGUAUGGCCACCCUGGACAGCAGCAAGAUGCUUAUUCCAUCACCAGUGAAAGCGUCGAUCAAGACGAGGAGGACUCCACUUCAUCCGAAAGUGGCACCAAGUCGCCAGCGCCGCAAGAACGUCCAUCAGACGAGACCACUGAGCCACCAUACGUCCAAGAAACAAGCCCGUCUGGUGUGAGUGGGAAGAGGGAGGCCAAAAAGAGGUCUGAGGCAGAUUCUCCAAACCCGAAGGAUGACGCAGAAGUACCUGAGGAAACCGAGAGUUCGACAGUAGAAAUCAGCGGAUUCCGCAAAAAGAUCAACCAAGAGGCCGUCGAGCUCUACUUCGAGAACAAGAGAAAGUCCGGGGGAGGAGAUUUAAGUGACAUAAACAUUCAAGAGGAAAAGGGCCGUGUCCUCAUCACGUUUGAGAGCAGUGCAGUUGCCAAACGAGUUUGUGGAAGAAAACACUUACUUACUGGAGACGUGCUUACAACCCGAUUGAUAGAAAGAGCGGCUCCUUCAAAGCUUCCUUUGCAGCUCGACCGCCUCCUGCUCAAAAACGUCCCCGACGACGUUGCAGAGCAGACCUUCAUGCUCUACGUUGAAGCCAUGUGCUGCGCAGAUAACGAAGACGAUGACCUCGAGCAGGUUCAAACGCUCUACGGACGAGACAUGGGAACGAGAAUGGUCAUAUUUUCUGGGGAGAUUCCAGAUAUCGACCGAGUGGUGAAGAACUUCCCCAAGAGACCACUCGAGGGAGCAGUCAUAACUGCGGAAAAAGUCCACGCUACAGACUGCGUUCAAGUCAUCAACGUUCCUGAAGCAGCGAGUUCUGACCUCAUAACGCUCUACUUCGACAAUGUCAAGCGUAGUGGUGGUGGAGGCGUCGCUGACGUUCAGCUGGACAGAGAGCAACACACGGCGCUGGUUUUCUUCAAGGACCAUAAAGUAAUCGGACGUGUCGUGGAUCGGCAACACACAAUCCAGGACAGCAAAGUAGAGGUUCACCGUUUCUACACUUGUCUCGGAUCGACAGUCACAGAUGCCGAGGAACCACCUCAGCUGAUCCCAAAAGGUGAACAAGAAGAGGUCAAUCCAGAGUUCAUGCGUUUCGCGACGUCUCGCAAGAAAUACAAGCAUGAAUUGGAGGAAGAGAUGAAGUCGUACUAUACAAUCAUCACCUGGCCCCACGAAGGAAACGAUGCUAUGGUCUGGCUUCAGCCUACGAUGGACAAGUCUACAGAGAAUCUCAAGGCCAUCGCCAAAGAUUGGGAGAAGAACGCAAAACAAGCACUGUCCCGCUUCCAGGAGCAGUUCUUGGACACCAGUCUCGAUGUCCUCCAGGCGUUGUGGCCACAAGUUUGCCGCGUUAUUGCUGACCAUGAGCCUAGCAGCGAUGGCGAUGUCAGCGUGGCGAAGGACGACGCUGAUUGUAAAAUCAAGAUCGUUGGAGACAGGAACAAAGUGAUGACUCUGUCGGACACCAUCUCAGCCGAAGUCAAGAAGAUCGAAGAAGAGUACAAGAGGAGCAAAUCCACAGUGGUCGAAGAAGUAAAGAAUCUUCGUCCGAACCAAACCAAAGUACUUUACGCAAGCAAGUUUUUCGACAGCAUCCGCGAAUCAUUCCCGAAAAUGAAAGUGGCCAUCGAUGAAGCUGUAAAUAAAGUGGAACUCAAAGGCCUCCCAGAUGAAAUCGCCCGAGCCAAGUUGAUGAUGUACGAAAAGGCCCAGGAAGUGACCUCUUGUCGUAUGCCGGUAUCCACGUCAAUGCUUCCUCUUCUCAAGGGAUCUGAAGCUCAGCAACAUUUGAAGACAAAAGUAUUCCCCAAGGCUGGAAUCGUGGCCGUUCUAGACCUCUCCGGUGAUGACCUGGUAGUUUGGGCGCUGACCGAUGACCAUGCUACUAAAGCCAGGGAGUUGGUGAAAGCCACGUUUGAUGAAAAGCGAGUGGACGUCUCCAAAGAUUCCGUGCCUGUGCUAAGAACUGGAAACUGGCAGAAGAUGAAACAAGCCGUGGAGGAAAGCUCAGCUGGUUUACUGAAGAUGUCGGUUGCCACCAAUGGUGAAGUAGCGCAGGUGGUGAUAGUCGGCGAGAGCAGACAGGUCGUUGAAAUCAGUACCAGGGUAACCACCUUCCUGGCAAAAAACACCAUCCACAUCAAAGUCAUCCCAGGAGAGGGCGGGGCAAUUCGGUUCCUUGAUAAGCACAGGAAAGAUGAUAUCCGUGACAUAGAAACUGAGCUAGCUACUCAUCAAGUGAAGAUUGCUUGCCAAGAGCAGAAUGGAUCAUUUGUCCUAACGGCCAAAGGCACGCAAGAUGGAGUACAGUCGGCUGAGACGCUUUUGAAAAAGCUACUAGUUGGCAUUGUGUCAGGACAAGUGCCCAUGCGGAGGCCUGGGAUGUCAAAGUACUUUAUGGAGGAAGCAGGAAAGAUGGCGAUCCAGUCUGUCGAACAGCGGUGCAAAUGUACCAUCAGUAUCAUUGACAGCCACAGCAAAAGCAAGACCCCAAGUGGACUUCGUCCGCAGCCAACUCCACAGCUUCCUGUGGUCACCAAUGAGUUAAAAGCAACCUUCCAGUAUCCCUCGGGAAAAACAGUCACCGUCCGUAAGGACGACUUGACCCGUCAUGUUGUCGAUGUCAUCGUCAAUGCGGCAAACAGGGAUCUGAAGCACAUCGGUGGCCUUGCAAAGAGCAUUUCGGAUGUCGCUGGGCCUGUACUACAGUCGGAAUGCGACAAGAUAACUCGCCGAAGAAGUUUGCUGGAUGGGCAAGUGGUUGUGACGUCAGCUGGAGCUAUGACGACAUGCAAGGAGAUCAUUCAUGCCGUUGGGCCAUUGUGGCAAGGCGGGUUUAGAAGAGAGGCUGACGCAUUGUAUGAUGCAGCCUACGGCAGUCUCGAAGAAGCAGGAAGACGAGGUCAUACGUCAAUCGCUAUUCCUGCGAUCAGUUCUGGCAUAUACAGCUUUCCAGUUGAUCAGUGCGCAAAUCUCAUCGUAGAGGCAGUUGACGAGUUCUGGAAGAAUAACCGAUCGUCAACCCUGUCAUUGGUUGAGUUAGUCAAUAACGACGACCGAACUGUGGAUGCGUUUGUGGAAGCUCUUACCUCGAGGCACGGCGAUGGUGUAGUCAGGGGGACCGGCAGCACCAACAUCCCACCCGACGACUCAAGCACCAAGCCGACCGGUAGAUCCCGGAGGCGUCGUGGGAGACAAAACAAGGGACCACCCGUAGAACCGCCUCAGCCCACACCCGGACCAUCGAUAUCACAGCCCGCACCUAGACCAUCACAGCCGAGGGACCCUGUCACUGAUGUUGGAUUCCGGACAGCAGAAGGGAAGGCCAUUACAGCCAUGCAGGCCAACAUCGCAAGCCAGCGGGUUGACGUCAUGGUAAACAGCACAUCACAUAACCUGAAUCUGAACUCGGGUCAGCUGUCCAAGUCUAUACUGGAUCGUGGUGGGCCUGAACUGCAAACGCUUGUCAACAAUGCCAAAGCGCAGAAGGGAAUCCAGUCUCUUGCUGAUGGUGACAUCUUGGAAAGCGGUCCCGCAGGUCUCAACGUCCAAACCGUCAUUCACUCAGCAUUGUGCAGAUGGGACGGAGGGCAGGGGGACUCGGAAAAGGUUCUUCGUGAGCUGGUACGUAAGUGUCUGAAAGUGGCCGAAGAAGGGGGACACAAAACUAUUGCCAUUCCGGCAAUGGGAACAGGGGGUUUACAUUUCCCACAUGAGGUGGUUGCUGAGGCUCUGUUCGGGGAGGCCGUGGAUUACUUCAAACAGAAUCCCCAGAGCUCCAUUGAAGAGAUUCGCUUCAUCGUCUGGGAAGGAGACCCUAAGUCCAUGGUGGCAUUCGACGAGAUAAUGACCAAGUACAAGGCGUUACACGCAAGAGCAGUGCCUGAUUCGUACUCUCCCCCAUCUAUCGUUGGCGCUGAAGGAACGACACUGGACCCGCCUCCUCAGGCAGCACCUGCCGGUUCAACAUCACGAUCACGAAGACGCGAUCGACGGAGUGGAGGAGCCGGUAUGGCCGCAACGCCCGAACGGUCGACCGGCGAAGAAACACUGAUGUUUUCUGAGAUGACCUCUCCCGCCGAUAAUCAGCUACAAACGUUCGUGGGAGGGAAGUUGUGUCUACAGGUUCAGCCGGGUGACAUCACCGAAGAGACAACAGUUGCCAUAGUCAACAGCUCCAAUGAACAGUUGGAUCUCACUAAAGGAGGAGUUUCCAAUGCAAUACGGAACAAGGGCGGGCCAUCUAUUGAGAGGGAGUGCGGAAAUAUUGUGGCAGCCGGUGGAAUGAUGAAAGGAAUCGCGAUCACCGGAGCGGGCAGACUGAGCUGUCAGAACAUCAUCCACAUAGCACCUGCGAAAUUCAUGGGAUGGAAAGAGCGUAUUUUGCAGUGUCUGAAAACUGCUGACUCCAAUGGAUUCAAAUCCAUAACAUUUCCUGCUCUUGGAACAGGAAUGCUUGGUGGUAAGGUGACAGAAAUGGCGAAUGACAUGCUGGAUGCAAUACGUGACUUUGUACUAAAGGACAACCCAAAGCACUUGGUCCUGGUACGUGUGAAGAUUUUCCAAGCCGAGAUGGUGUCCUCGUUCCACCACCAAAUACGUAAAAGAGCUGGAGAAAGGAUUCCAGCGGAAGCUGUGAAACCGAAGCCUGGAUUUAUUGGGAGAGGAGUCAAAUACUUAAAAUCGGCACUUGGCGGAUACUUCGGCGGAGGAAAGAGUGAAGAAGACACAGAGAGUCCGGACACACAAGACGAUGUCAUCAUACUGACCAUCUACGCCGGCAACAGAGGAGCCAUCAAAGAGGCAGAAGAGAUGAUCGACAAAACCAUGAGAGAACAAUCCACAGAAGACAUCGUGGACGACUCGGAAAGCAUCGAAAAACUCUCCGAAGAUCAACAGCGAAGGAUCAAAGAUCUCGAGUCUCGUUUCGACGUCCAGAUCGACAUAGAGAAAGGUAGACGACUCAGCAGAAUCCGUCUACAAGGCCUGACAAGGGAUGUGUUUCAGGCCCGGAAGGCCGUGGAUGAAGUGCUCAAGGAAGUACUCAAAGGGGAGCAUACCAAAGAGAUGGCUGAGCGCAUCGCCAAGGAAGUCCAGUGGUAUUACGUGGAAAUCAUUGACGGCAAAGAGGACAGGCAACCGUACGAGCCGACUAUCAAUAUGCAGAUAGAAAAUGCAUUCAGCGAGGGAAAGAGACAGGUUUUUGUUGAGACUGAGGAGGAUCUUCUGGAGAUCGACCUUAAAGCUUUAACAGAAAACGUUGUUGGAGACUUAUCCUCUAAAUAUGCUAUCAAGAUCGUCAGGCACGAACUUAAGACAGCAGAUGCACUGAAACUUCCAGACCACUGGGAACAGAUGACGGAAGGAGAGACAGUGAAGGUUGUGGACCUACAGCCAACCUCAGAGGAGUACAAGAAGGUGCAUGACCCAUUCAAGAGCACACUUCCAAGUUCGGCUUCGGGGGCACAAGUUUUGAAGAUCCAGCGCAUACAGAAUCCUCGACUGUGGCGUCAGUACCAGGUGAGGAAGGACCAAAUGGAGUUUGACAACUCCAACAGCACAGAGCCUGUGGAACGCAUCCUCUACCACGGUACUCAUGAUCAAGAUGGCUCUUUCUCAAAAAUCAACGCCAAAGGUUUCAACAGAAGUUUCAGUGGCCAAAACGUUGGAGCAGUCCUUGGAAAUGGUGUGUACUUUGCUGUUCCGUCGUCGACUGCUGCGGGAAACCAGUACUCCCGCCCCGAUCCCAACACGGGAGAUAAGCACAUCUAUGCCGCACGCGUGCUUACUGGGGACCACUGUGUCGGUAAACAAGGGUUCAUUGUACCACCCACCAAGGAUCCCAACAACCCCCAACACACCUUUGACAGUGUGUGUAACAACCCCGCGAAUCCGCAAGUCUUUGUGAUCUUCUACGACGACCAAGCCUACCCUGAGUACUUGAUCCAAUUUAGAAUGUAAAGGGGAAACAGCUAUCUGACGUAUUGAAUGUAACGGGGGAUGCCCUAACUUCAGACGUGCCCUAAGUUGAAACGGAUGUUGUUUUUUUUUAAUUGAUCCUUCAUGCAUA